ACACACCACCGACAAUACCGCGACCUGGCGCGCACCGCUACGCAUUGCACUCAGCCUCCUCCUCACACUCGCAUCUACUCACUCCAAGACAGCGAGCAACUCCCCUCCGCUAAUCACCCCCUCAAUGUUCGGCAUCCUCCUAGCAUGCUUCGCCCUCGUCGCAGUCCCCAUCAUAGCAGUACAGUACCAACGCUUCAUCGCCUCCUGCCUGCCAUGCACCGAUUCUGAUGUGCUAUCUGAGCCAGAUGACACCGGACUCGACGGCGCGGGCGAGAAACCGCAAUCGCGAUCGGGUACCGACGAGAAGAUACAGAGAGGAGCGGGUGCGAGUGUAUCGAAGGAGGGGGGCAUGAGGACGACGAGGAAACCUUGGGAUCCGCCGUUUCCGAUGAGCGAGAACAGGAAGGGGAGUGGGUAUCUGGUGCUAGAGCCGAGUCCGCCAACGAGGAGGCAGGAGAAUGCGACAGAGGAGCAAAAGGAGGAGAUGGGAGAUGGUGAGGUUAGGCAGGAGAGUGUGCGUCUACCUGUCACUGCGCCGGGGAUCGAUCGUCCUCCGGUCGACGAGCUUCUAAGGAACCGUAGCUCCGCCAUGCCCAAAACUACUCCGACGGCAUCUUCCCGCCCAUCCGACUCCAGCUCCCGCCUCUCGCUCGUCCAAACAUUCAUUCUCAUCUUAGCCUUCCUGAUCUUCGUCUUCGCCUUCGCAAUUCUAGUCGCACACUGCCUAGCCUGGUUCGUGGUCUACAAAACUGAAGCGCGGUUAGGCGAAGCGAGGAAGGGAUUGCUGCGGGGCGGAGAUAUGCGUGUUUGCCUGUGUGCGCGGGGAUGAGUAAGGAUACGUCAGAAGAGACAGUGCUAAGGCUUGAAGUAAGCUGUGCGGAGACGAAGGAAUAUGCUUACAGCGGGAGAUUGGAUCGGGAGGAAGAAGAGAAGAAUUGGUAUCAUUACUCAAGCUGGACUAAAAACUUGGCGUAA